UGCUCCCUGGUCAGCCUAGAGGUCUGGCUUUGCAGUCACCAUGAAGGUUCUCCUGACUCUGGGGCUUCUCCUGCUGUCUGUCACUGUCCAGGGCAAGGUCUUUGAAAGAUGUGAGCUGGCCAGAACGCUGAAAAGACUUGGACUGGAUGGCUUUAGGGGAGUCAGCCUGCCAAACUGGGUCUGUUUGGCCAGAUGGGAAAGUAAUUACAACACACGAGCUACAAACUACAAUCCUGGAAGUCAAAGCACUGAUUAUGGGAUAUUUCAGAUCAACAGCCGCUACUGGUGCGAUGAUGGCAAAACCCCACAAGCAGUGAAUGCCUGUCGGAUUCCCUGCAGCGCUCUGCUGCAAGAUGACAUCACUCAAGCCGUGGCGUGUGCAAAGCGGGUGGUCAGUGACCCACAGGGCAUCCGAGCAUGGGUGGCGUGGAGAAAUCGUUGUCAGAACCGCGACCUCACUCAGUAUGUCAAGGGUUGCAGAGUGUAACUGAGGAGGUGUCCUUCUUCAGCUCAUCUUGUCUUUUUCACAUUAAGGGAGUCGUAGUUGAGUGAAAGGUCACACUACCAUUCUUUCAAACAAAUAAGGUUUUUACAGAAGGGAGAGGAAAAUGUGUUCUUUCUUCUAAGAGGCUUAAUGUUGACUAAUGUGUUUACUUCAUAGGAAGUCUACAGUUUUUUCAGUUUGCGAAUAGAACUAAUGCUGGUGACAAUUUAUCUAAAAUCUUGGUUAUCAAAUACAUCUCCAGUACAUUCGGUUCUUAACCAAAAAUAUAACCCACACUUAAUCUUGAGUGAUACAAGUCCAUCCCAAUCAUCAACAAAAAUAGAUAUAAAAAUGGUCAAUAACAACAGACUAUCUGAAAACAAACUGAUUUAGGCAAAAUCCCAGCUGUGCAGACAUCUGACGCCCUCGUCUGUUCUGUCAUCUCCAAAAACAGUAAUCCCAACCACUCUUUCUUGGGCAAUAUUAUAUUUAAAAAGUAGCAGAAUACCAAAUGGCUAAAAAUGGAGACAGCCUGAAUAAAGAAUGGUGUUUUCACAAAGUGUGACCUUUGGUUGAAAGGAUCUCUUAGAAACAUUGCUUUUAAACAGCUUCAAACAUAAACUCACAUUUAUAUAGCCAUCUCUUUAACCCUUUAAAGAACUCUUUUAUGCAUCUCGGUGAUCUUGGAGCAAUGUAAAGAAGGACUGGACGAGCUGCUGCUGUUUCUCGAUUUCACUAGCUUAGAAUCAAGCGUUAUGACUAAAUCUGGGGCAGAUGAGUUCACCACUACUGAAAUAAUUCCUAAUUAACCAUGGGGGUGAAAUUAUGCAUGUUGUAUACAACAGAAACAGUAUCAUUAAAGGCCUUGCAACUCA